AUGACCAAACCAAAUCCGUUCAACCACUCAAACCAACCCUACGGAAACCGACUGCUUGUUAGUCUUAUCGAUGAAAUCGCCGCCGCAGAGCCUUCGCGUGCCUUUGUGUUUGUCCCGCGUUGCUCUGAACCUGACAAGGGAUGGAAACCCAUCACCUUCAAGGAGAUCUCAAAUGCCGUCAACUAUGUGGCCAACGAUAUCCGCAGCAAGCUCAAGAAUCAUCCGUUACAAGAUCAUCUCCCCACAGUGGCAUACAUAGGUCCAAGCGAUGUCCGUUACGCCAUCAUCAUGCUGGCCUGCGUCAAGGCUGGCUGUCAAGCUCUGUUCAUUUCACCACGCAACAGCGUAGAGAUCCAAAUUUCGCUAUUCGAGAGGACAGCCUGCUCCCACCUAUGGUACGCCGAGUCGUUCCACCAGGUGGUCCUGACUUGGCUCCGCCACCGCCCUAUGCAGAUCACCAUGGCCCCCAGUCCCGAAACCUGGAUUCGUUCCAUCGCGACCUGGCUACCGUACAACAGGUCCUACGAGAAAGCCAAGUGGGAUCCACUUGUAGUUCUACACACGAGCGGCUCGACUGGCAUCCCAAAGCCUGUCAUCAUGCGGCGCCAGGGGGCUCAUUUUUUCAUCAAGGAGUGGGCUGAUCGUUCCAAGAAGAUCUUCAUGUCCAUGCCCAUGUUUCACGCCGCUGGCAUUGUCUGCUUGAUGUUGUUAGCUGUCUGCUACGACGUUCCAGUGGCUUUGCCUAUAGCAGAGAGACCGCUAACCCCCGGGUCGGUUCUGCAGGGCCUGGCCCAUGCCGAUGUUGACGCAGCGUUUCUACCCCCAUCCAUCCUAGAAGCUCUGAGUAUGCAGGAAAACGAAAUACAGCAUCUGGCCAAGCUGAAUUUUGUAGCUUUUGGAGGAGCUACUCUCUCUCCAGCAGCAGGCGAGAAACUCGUCGGACGAGGCGUGAUACUCAGUAACGUGAUAUCGUCGACUGAGACCCUCCCAUUCCCACUGUACUUUCAACACUGUCCUCAGCUUUGGCAAUAUUUCGUCAUAGACAGCAGAGUUCUAGGGGCCGAAUGGCGCGCAGCAAGCUCGGAGGACGGUCUCUGCGAACUCGUUUUGCACCGCAAAAAUUCUCACGGUCCAACCGAUCAACCAGUCUUCUACACGUUCCCAGAUUUGUCAGAGUGGCCAACAGGCGACCUCUUCAAGGCUCACCCGACCCUCCCCGAUCAUUGGACCUAUUGCGGUCGCUGCGACGGCAUCAUUGUCCUCUCCAACGGUGAGAAGAUAAAUCCGGUGAAUGUUGAAGAUAUUAUCGUCGGCCACCCCGCCGUUAAUGGGGCCUUGGUUGUCGGACAGGGUAGGUUCCAGCCAGCCAUCAUCUUGGAGCCGGUCGCCCCACCGGUCGAUGAUACCGCGACAGAAACACUCAUUGAUGACAUAUGGCCCGUGAUCGAGACGGCAAAUAAGUCAAAUGUUCGUAUCGUACGGCAGCUAGUUGCGAUAUCGGAUCCCAACAUGCCGUUUCUAAGAUCCGGCAAGGGCUCUGUCCAACGAGGUCCCACAACUAGAGCAUAUGAUAAGUAUAUCGAUUCCAUUUACAAAAAUGCGGAGAGCUACAAUGUCAGCAAAAUAUCCGACACGCUUGAUAUGACCAGCAAAGCAGCAUUAUGCCAAUCGGUCAUUCGCCUCUUCCAAAACAGGAUGGGCCUGCGGAAUCUUGGCGCCAAUACUGAUUUCUUCGAUGCUGGAUUCGACUCUCUGCAAGCCACUAUUGCCUCAAACUUGCUGAACGCAAGCCUUGCGGCAUCUGGCGUGCAAAUUGACGGCGCCAACCUGGCAGCUGGAGCUCCAUGGAAGCAUUAUGAAACACAAGAAACCAAAGCCCUAGAAGACAUGACUAUUUUAUUGACGGGUUCAACUGGCUCGCUUGGAUCCUAUCUGCUCGACCGGCUCUGCCCCACUCCUCAAAUCUCUCGCUUCCAGAUCUCGGCCUAG